CAUUUUUUUUGGGCACCCCAAAAUUUUCAAGGGACAAACAUGACUUUAUUUUUUCAAUGGGAAAACCUACAAGCAAGCCCAUGUUAUCUUGUUCUUUUCCUUCAUCAUGUUUUUUUUUUCAGCAAAUCUCUUUCUUAUUUAAAAGAUGAAUCAAACAAACCGAAUCCUCUCUUUUGAUCUUGGUUUCAUUCCUCAUCAAAUCACUUCUCCUCCCUUUAUAGAAAUCUUAGAUCUGCUUUUAACACAAGGCGGUGGUGGAAUCUUUUCACCAAGUUUAGAUUAGACACAAAUAAAUACAAAGAGAAGAAGAACAAACCAGAACUAGAAGAAGAAGAAGAAGCAAUUAGAAGUUAUUGCUUAACAAGGUGGAUCCAAGAAAAGGGAAGAGUUCUCUCCCUCUUGAUGAGGAGAAAAAAGAAGCUUUCAACUUUCUUAUUCCUCUCACACCAUCUCAAAACCCAAAGGAACAAGCUUCACCAUCACCCUUUUCAAACCUUCUUAUGACUACCAACCAUCAAAACACCACCUUCUUCCCCAUCCCACAUGGUCAAAUAACCACUUCUAAAUUUAUCAAUACCCAAGAUCCAUCUCAAGCUACAAAUCAAGGUAAUGCUGAUAUUAGGAAAAAGCACUAUAGAGGAGUGAGGCAAAGACCUUGGGGAAAAUGGGCAGCUGAAAUAAGAGACCCUAAGAAAGCAGCAAGAGUGUGGCUUGGCACCUUUGACACAGCAGAAGCUGCAGCUAUGGCUUAUGAUGUUGCUGCAUUGAAGUUCAAAGGAAGCAAAGCCAAGCUCAAUUUUCCUGAACGUGUUGCUGUGCCACCAUCACCACUACCACCGGCAACCACCACCACCACUUCUUCAGCUUCUGCACAACCCUCUUCCUUCACACCACCACCACCUCCACCACACGUUGGUGGCGAUCAUCAAACUUCACAAACAUCAGAAGAAGCAGAAGGGUUUCCGGGUCUGAUGGAGUAUGCACGGUUGCUGAAAUGUAGGGAUGAUGAUGAUUUUCAACGUGUUGCAUUGGGGCUUUACCAGCACCAUCCUAGUGAGGAUGUUAUUUACGGUUCUUCUCAGUCACCACCUGUGCCAUUUUUUCUGUCUUCUUCAUCUUCUUCUGCAUUUCCAUCUUCAACUUCUCAGGGUGAUUAUGGUUCUUCUGGAUUCUAUAGUCAUGGAGGGAGUGGUUUUGAUGAAGGGAACAAGAGAGGAUCAUAGUGUUUUUUUCUUUUCUUGUUUUCUUCUCUGAAUUCUGAACACUGCAUGAGUGUGGAAAGUGGGGGAUAGUGCCACAAUUAAGGAAGUUCAAAUCACACAUCUCUUAUUUGUUUUUCUUUAUAAUUCCAACUAAAAAAUAAUGCAUGAGCUCAAAAGUUAAUACUACCA